UUUCAGACAUAAUUUAAAAUUGCACUUAGCUUUAAGUCAACUUUUUAGUUGAGCAAUUGUUAAUCUAGUACUAUGAGAUUACAAUAGAAAUGUCUUCCUUUUACUUAAGACCUCUAAAUGGCGAAAAGGACAUUGUGGUUCCCUUUGGCAAAACCACGAUCGGAAGAGGUCCUUUACUUGGGGUGACAGACAAACGAGUGUCUAGAUCGCAUGCAGUACUGGAGGUGAAAGAUGAAAAUCUUACUAUUCUGCCCCUUCACAUCAAUCCAACCUUCUUGAAAUCUUCUGAUGGAAAGAAGUUUGUAAGUUUGAAGAAAGGCAAAACCAGAGUCCUGAUUGAUGGUGAUGUUAUUGCAUUGCUUCCAGACAGCGUGUGCUUUAUGGUUGUUUGUCAGGGAGACUCACUUGAGAAUGGUGUAACAGAAGAACAAGUGGGAAUCUCCAAGAAUAAGAUGUUAGAUAAGCUUCUUACUAAGUCAAACAAGGCUCAUGAUAAGGAAAAACCUACAAAAUCAUCAGACACACCCACAGAUAUGUUGCUGGAUGAAUUCAUGAAUACUAAGCCUUCCUUAGGAACAUUUUCUGCUGAUGCAUUUACUAAACAUGCCAAUGUGAACUUCACAAGCAGUAAACCAUCCAAUCAAGACACAAUUACAGCUAAUUCCUCCUUCUCUGUGAUAGAAAAAGAUGUGAUACCACCAUACAGACCAUUGGUAGAGCCUGCACCUUUGCUGCAAAAGACACGCAAACUACCCUCAUGGUUAAUAGAGUCAACAAGUCAAAUAAAAUCUCCUGCUAAGAAUUCAGUUAACAGGAGAGGGAGAACUUUGGUUAGCCAAAAUGUAGAGAAGAAAACAGCCGCAGAUAACAAAGAAAGAAACAAAAUCACUUGGAGGGAAAAAUUGUUAGCGAAGGAGGAACAGAAGGUUUCAGGCAUAGAUGAGGAUUUUACCAUGGGGGAUGAUGAUGAAUCUGAGCAUUUGAAGGAUAGAGGAAAGAACAAAUUUGCAAAGAAAAGAUCAUCUACAAGCAUUGAAGACAAUGAGGAAGAUGUCAAACCCACAGAAAGCAAGAAAACAAGAACAAGCAGAAUACUAGGGAAUGAAAAUGAUGUUUACAACGAGCCUUCAGGACCGAAAAGUAAGAAGGAUAUUUGUAAAACAUUUUCAGGAGAUACUGAUACUGGUGGAAGUGAUGAUGAGAUGUCUGCAUCCAAAGUAGAAAGAACCCAAAUGAAGGAAAAUGAAAAAGAAUCAGACAAAAUGAAACUUCCACCCUGUCCUUAUGGAAAGAAAUGCUACAGGAAAAAUCCUUUGCAUUUCAAAGAGUAUUUGCACCCUGACAAGGAUAGUAGUGAUGAUGAUGAUGAUAAAGUGGCUGGAGAUGAUAGUGAUGAUUACAGACCUGUUUGUCCUUAUGGCUCCAGUUGUUACAGGCAGAACCCUCAACACAGAAAAGAUUUCGAACACACUGAUGCCGUAGGUCCCAAACAUAAAACAACAAAGAAAAGGAAAAACCUUGAUGGCACAAGUGAUGAUGAUGGGCACAAUACAUAUGAUUACAAUGACAGCUUCUUAGCUGAUGAUGCCAGUGAUGUUAAGGAGGAUGGUAGUAGCUACUCAGGGUCUGAUGACCCUGAUUGGCAGCCAGUACAAGGUGAUGAUAAUGGCAAGGAGGAUGUCAACCAGUUGUUACAUGAGGCUAAAGGGUUUCUAUGCAAUAAGAAAAUGACAAAACCAGUUUGAGAAACUUUUACAGUGUCCAAUUGUUAGGUAACCGAAAAUGUAAGUUUUUAUUAAUACACAAUUGUAGCAAGUAGAAACCUUUUUUGUAAUUUGAGUUCAUUCUUUUAACAUGUGUAUGUGGAGUUCAGAAAAAUUAGGAAGAGAGGUGCUUUUUGUGUUCUUUCCUGUAUUUACUGGUGGUUAACCUGUACAUACAAAGUAAUGUACAUGAACUAGAACUAAACAAGUAGUGUGAGACACUUCAUAGAUGAAUUUUUGAAUGAGUAGCUUCAGUGUUGUCAUUGCACAAGAAGAUAAACACACAAUAAUAUAAGUUAUAAGGCUAAUAUAGACCUACAUGAAGGGUUGCAAAUGUUACUUUUCACCUAUUUUGUCACAAGUUCUCAGCCCCAUAAUAGAGGAAAGUGUAAACUCUAGUAAUCAAGUUUUAUCUUUGAAACUAUACAAGACAACAGUGGUCAUGCAUUUGAUAUCCGUAACUUUGUUCAUUGUAAAGUAAUACCAUAGUAAUGAUGGUAACAGAGAUGUAAAAAGCUGAUUUCUCAUAACUGAUACUUUUUCAAAUCAUUAUUUCACAAAUUCAGCUUCAAAGAAUGAUGGAAUUGGUAACUUGCGCACAGUGUAGCAGCUUGAAAUGUUGUAUGGCCUUUAUUAAUAACUUUUGUAAAAUUAAUACUUUUGGGAAAUGUUAACAAUGAAGUGUUAUGAUUUGAGAAUGUCCAUUUAAUUACGUCUUCCAUAAUAAUGAUUAAAUAAUACAUAUUUGGUUUUAUUUUUGGUUCAAAGAUGUUCAUAUUUAUCAAUUAUUCCAUGAGCCCACAUUGGAUAUGACGUGGUAAAUAGUCAAUAAGGUUUGUAGUGCUGAGUUGGCUAUAACUAAACUCAUAUCCAACAAGCAUGAAUAGAAUAAAUUGUUUUAUUUAGUUUUGUUAAAUCCUGAAGUUUGGAUAUUUAGAGCCUUUUUUCAACCCUGCAACAGUUGAUGCAAUGCAUUUCCAUAUAAAGUUAAUUGGAAUUUGAGCUGAUAACUGUUGUUGUGCAAAAUCAAUUGGAACACUGGAAAUGCAAUAUUUUGGAGCUGAAAAUUUAAUAAUUUUGAUUAGCCUGACUCUUAAUUAUCUGGAUAAUUUAUCCCAUUGCCCACAAGUCCUGUUAAUCUAGAUUUGACCCUACUCUGAUGCUAAUAUAGGCACAACGUAAUGUUGCAGCACAAGAAAGAAAACAGCAUGCUGUUCUAAAUUCUGGAAGAUACCUAUAUCCAAGCAACACAGGUAUCGAGUGAUGACUAGAAACAAAAAUAGUGUUGUGUACAUUAACCUUUUGGUAGAUGUGCAGCAUUACACUCUUCACCAUGUAAACAUUGUGUGAAAGUCAUUGCACUAAAUAAACAUACAUAUGCAUUGAAA